GGGCAGGGGGCCCCCGCCCAGGCCCGGGCCCAGCCGCAGCCAUUGCGCCCAAGAGCGAGGAGGACCUGCUGGCCCUGGCCGCGACCCGGCUGAGCCGCCGCAAGCGCGUGGCGGGCGCGGCCGUCGGGGUGGCCAUGGUGCUGCUGCUGCUGGUGGCCAUCCCGCUGCUGGUGCACAGCUCCCGCGGGCCGGCGCACUACGAGAUGCUGGGCCGCUGCCGCAUGGUGUGCGACCCGCACGGGCCGCGGGGCCCCGCACCCGACGGCGCGCCCGCCUCCGCGGCCCCCUUUCCGCCGGGCUCCAAGGGGGAGGCGGGCCGGCGCGGGAAGGCGGGUCUGCGGGGGCCGCCGGGGCCGCCGGGCCCUCGAGGGCCUCCCGGUGAGCCGGGCCGGCCGGGCCCCCCGGGCCCGCCGGGGCCUGGCCCCGGAGGAGUGGCCCCGGCGGCCGGCUACGUGCCUCGAAUUGCCUUCUACGCGGGCCUGCGGCGACCCCACGAAGGCUACGAGGUGCUGCGCUUCGACGACGUGGUGACCAACGUGGGCAACGCGUACGAAGCGGCCAGCGGCAAGUUCACCUGCCCCAUGCCAGGAGUCUACUUCUUCGCUUACCAUGUGCUCAUGCGAGGCGGCGACGGCACCAGCAUGUGGGCCGACCUGAUGAAGAACGGCCAGGUCCGGGCCAGCGCCAUUGCCCAGGAUGCGGACCAGAACUACGACUAUGCCAGCAAUAGUGUCAUCCUGCACCUGGAUGUGGGCGAUGAGGUCUGCAUCAAGCUGGAUGGAGGCAAGGUGCACGGCGGCAACACCAACAAGUACAGCACCUUCUCGGGCUUCAUCAUCUACCCGGACUGA